AUGGCGAAUCUGUCGCAGUGUCUGGAUGACAUCACUCCUCUGGGCUCCCGCUGGCCCGCCGCUCCCCCCGAUCUGUACAGCGAGGCCCAGCGGCUGGCCCUGGAGGAGUUGGUGUCCGGGGGACCGGAGGCUCUGCGGGGAUUUCUGCACCGGGAGCGGGUGCCGGGCUUCCUGUCCGAGCCGGAGGUCGGGGAGAUCCUGGACGUGGCCUCCAGCCUGCAGUGUGGGGAGGAGGAGGUCUCCGUGUCCGCCUCGGUGGACUGCUCUUCGGUCACCUACUUCCCCGAGAUCUCCGAUGUGGAGCCCCCGCUGCUGGAGCUCGGCUGGCCGGCCUUCAGUGCGGGAUCGUAUCGGGGGGCCACCCGGGUGGAGGUCCAUUUCCAGCCCGGAUUCGGGGAGACCAUCUACAGCUGCAAGGAGGCGGUCCGGGCUCUGAUCAAGGGCGCCCGGGAGGUAAUCGCAGUGGUCAUGGACUCCUUUACAGACAAUGACAUAUUUCGAGAUAUUCACGAGGCAUGCAGAAAACGCCGCGUUCCAGCUUACAUCUUGGUGGAUGAGUCUCAACUGCCGCAUUUUCUUACCAUGUGCCAAAAUCUUGGCAUUUUAAUUGAAACAGAACAGAAUAUGCGGGUCCGAACCUUAACCGGCAACAACUAUUAUACCAGGUCUGGUGCCAAGAUUGUUGGGAAGGCUCAUGAAAAGUUCCUGCUUGUGGAUGGCCUGAAAGUUGCCACAGGAAGUUACAGCUUCACCUGGAUGGAUGGUAAACUCAACAGCAGUAAUGUUGUAUUAUUAUCAGGACAAAUAGUGGAGAAAUUUGACCUCCAGUUCAGGAUUCUUUAUGCUCAAUCCAAGCCAAUUAGUACCAAGCUUCUAAUGAGCAUCCGGAACGCGGCUGUAACUACAGAUAAAGUGUCCUGUGCUCUGCCAGCCCAAAGGAAGCCGUUACUGACAAACCUUCUACAGCUGGAGAUUGCCAAGUUGUCAAGCACACCAAAGAGAGUGGCUGUGGAAACAAAGACCACAUUGGAGACUGAUACUGGAAAAGAUGCAGCCACUCAGACAAAUGUGAAUACGUCAACUGCUGGGACUCAAACGGCCAUUUUGUCCAGAAUGGCGUCCACCCAAACUGUGACCUUUUCAAGGUCUGCAACGACUCAGACAACUCAAGUCCAGGAACCUUCAACAGAAUUGAGCAAAACCUCAACUGUUUCAACAGUGGCAAGGUUGUCGUCAUCGUCUACUACAUCCUCCUCAUCUUCGUCUUCUGCUUCCACCACUAGCACAGCAUCUGACACUUCCAUUCGCUCAAGCAGUGGUUUGCACCACUCUGAUUAUACCAUGCGUGACUCCUUCAAGAAACUUGGCAAGGACCGUCAAUUACAUUAUACCUCUAUCAGGUCUAAGCUUGAUCACAUGGUAUCCAUCCUCUCCAGGAGGAAUCGAUUGACCAGCUCGUACUUUAACUGCGAGCCAACUCCCUAUGGCUUUCAGAGAAGAGAUGUAAUGCACAGCAGUCUUCUUAAUCUCAGAGAUGGUGUUCGCUUUGCUCCUCAUAUGUAG